UGCUUCUCCGGGGUGUUUGAACAGGAAGGCGGACAUGUUGGUCGGGCUGUGGGAGAAAAUCGGGCAUCGUCUGUUUUUCGAAAAAAUACCAUCGUUCAAAAAGCUGUUGGCCAAUGUAGCGCCUGCAAGAUUUUUUGUUUACACCAGUUACAACCGAUGGUCAAUGACAAUGCGAGGCUCACAGCAAAAGGACUGCAAUACAGUGUUUUAACAAGACCGUGUUUUAAACUGAUCGAAAUUUGGAAGGAGAAGUUUUUUUCAGCACUUCUACUUUGCAGCUGUCAGACUCGUUUGUCUUUUUUUCUUUCAAGGGCCUGGUACUGAUAUAGAUAUGGGCCUGGAGUAACCUUGCACAUAUCCAACUUUGCAAGGCAUAUUUAAGCUGUUGCUAUUGUUCGGAUGUAUCAACAUUUUUAACCCAUCUUCUGUGGCAUCCUGUGGAGACUGACUAACGUAAAGUUAGCUAAUCUGUUGUGCUGCAUUUAACUUGGCUGGCUAGGUGGCUCGAGCUGCUAAAGUUAUCGCGUUCAAACUCAAGCUGGGGAAAUAUCUUUUCUCAGAAAAUGUGGCUUCCGUGUUUCCAGCGCCGCUUUAAACUCUUUGUUUGCGAAAUUUUGAGAAGACAUACUACAGCACUUCUUUGAAGUGCGGCUUACACACCAAGUUCACGGGAAGAAAGGAACAUUUGGCUAGCUAGCGUAGCUUCAGGUUGCUAGCUAAGCUAGCUAGCUAGCCUUCUGGAUUGCCAACUAUUUUCUUGAUUAUCUCACCAUCGUGGAUAUCGACUUGACUGCGAAAAUGUCAGCCGGCGAGAGUUUGGAGGCUCGGUUUGAAAAAAUUGAUGCCAUGCUGAAAGAUCCGAAAUCAGAAAUAAACACGGAUUGCCUUCUGGAUGGCUUGGACGCGUUGGUGUACGACCUUGACUUCCCAGCCCUGAGGAAGAACAAAAGCAUCGACAACUUCUUGAAUAGAUAUAAGGACACCAUCAGUAAAAUCCGGGACCUGCGUAUGAAAGGGGAGGACUAUGAGGUGGUCAAGGUCAUUGGGAGGGGAGCGUUUGGAGAAGUCCAGUUGGUUAGGCACAAAGCCACGAGGAAGGUGUACGCCAUGAAGCUGCUGAGCAAGUUUGAGAUGAUCAAGAGGUCCGACUCGGCGUUCUUCUGGGAGGAGAGGGACAUCAUGGCCUUCGCUAACAGCGCCUGGGUCGUGCAGCUGUUCUACGCCUUCCAGGACAACCGCUACCUCUACAUGGUGAUGGAGUACAUGCCUGGCGGGGACCUGGUCAACCUGAUGAGCCACUACGACGUCCCCGAGAAGUGGGCCCGCUUCUACACGGCCGAGGUGGUGCUGGCACUGGAUGGGAUCCACGCCAUGGGCUUCAUCCACCGGGACGUGAAGCCUGACAACAUGUUGCUGGACGAAGCAGGCCACCUGAAGCUGGCUGACUUUGGAACCUGUAUGAAAAUGAACAAGGACGGUAUGGUACGAUGUGACACGGCCGUGGGAACCCCUGACUACAUUUCACCCGAGGUACUCAAGUCCCAGGGAGGGGACGGAUACUACGGCCGAGAGUGUGACUGGUGGUCUGUGGGAGUCUUCCUGUACGAGAUGCUCGUCGGCGACACGCCUUUCUACGCCGACUCGCUGGUGGGGACGUACAGCAAGAUCAUGAACCACAAAAACGCGCUGACCUUCCCCGAGGACAGCGACAUAUCCAAGGACGCCAAAAACCUCAUCUGUGCGUUCUUGACCGACAGAGAGGUGCGACUGGGACGCAACGGCGUGGACGAGAUCAAGAGGCACCCCUUCUUCAAGAACGACCAGUGGACCUGGGACAACAUCAGGGAGACGGCCGCCCCCGUGGUGCCUGAGCUGAGCAGCGACAUCGACACCAGCAACUUCGACGACAUCGAGGAGGACCGCGGCGACGAGGAGACCUUCCCCAUACCAAAGGCCUUCGUGGGAAACCAGCUCCCCUUUGUGGGCUUCACCUAUUACAGCAGCCACCAGUUCACCCGCAGCUCCAGCACCAAGACCAGUGAGAAACGCAGCAGCUCCACCAAGGAAGAGAAGAGCCAUCUGGAGAACCUGCAGAAGAGGAUCUAUCAGCUGGAGGAGCAGCUGAACAGUGAGAUGCAGCUGAAGGACGAGAUGGAGGCCAAGUGCAGGACCUCAAACACCAAGCUCGACAAAAUCCUGAAAGAGCUGGACGAGGAGGCCAACCUGCGGAAGGCUGUGGAGGCCAGCGUGUCCCUGCUGGAGAAGGACAAGAUGAUGAUCCAGCACCGGGCCACCGACUACCAAAGAAAGGGCGACCAGGAGGCCGAGAAGAGACGCAAUCUGGAGAACGAGGUGUCUACUCUGAAGGAGCAGCUGGAGGACAUGAGGAAAAUGAACCAAAGCUCUCAGGCCUCUAAUGACAAGAUUGUGCAGCUGCAGAAACAGCUGGAGGAGGCCAACGACCUGCUGCGGGCCGAGUCGGACACGGCGGGGCGCCUGAGGAAGAGCCACACGGAGCUGUCCAAGUCCAUGAGCCAGCUGGAGGGCGUGAACCGGGAGCUGCAGGAGAGGAGCCGGGGCUGGGAGGGGGAGCGAGGCCAGCUGGAGAGGGAGCUGCUGCUGCUGCAGACCACGCUGGACUCAGAGAGGAGGACCUCCAGCCAGGGCUCCGAGGAGAUCCACGAGCUGCAAGCGCGGAUGUCGGGGCUGCAGGAGGACAACAAGAACCUGAAGCUCAGCCUGUCCAAGCUGGAGACGGAGCGCAAGCAGGCCCAGGAGAGGAGCAACAACCUGGAGAAGGAGAAGAACGGCCUGGAGAUCGACCUGAACUACAAGCUGAAGACCCUGCAGCAGCGUCUGGACCAGGAGCACACGGAGCACAGGGUGACCAAGGCCCAGCUCACAGACAAGUACGAGUCCAUCGAGGAGGCCAAGUCAGCAGCCAUGCAUGCGGUGCGGCAGAAGGUGUCGGAGGAGAGCGGGGCGCGGGUGCGGGCGGAGAGCAGGGUGGUGGAGGUGGAGAAGCAGUGCUCCAUGCUGGAGUUUGACCUCAAGCAGUCGGUCCAGAAGAUGGAGCAGCUGAUGAAGCAGAAGGAGAGGCUGGAGGACGAGGUGAAGGCCCUGCGCAUGCAGACGGAGCAGGAGUCCAGCAAGCGGCUGCAGGCCCAGAGCGACCUGAAGGGCCGCCUGCAGGACGCCGAGCGCCUGCGGGGCUCGGAGAAGCAGCUGAAGCAGGAGGUCAACGCCGCGCUGGAGAGCAAGCGCUCCGUCGAAUUCCAGCUGGCGCAGCUCACCAAGCAAUACAGGGGCAACGAAGGACAGAUGAGGGAACUGCAGGACCAGCUGGAGGCCGAACAGUAUUUCUCAACACUUUACAAAACUCAGGUGAAGGAGCUGAAGGAGGAGAUCGAGGAGAAGAACCGCCAGGUCCAGGAUGCUCAUAAGAAGGUGCAGGAUCUGCACAGUGAAAGGGAUUCCCUGUCAGCCCAGCUGGACCUGACGGUGACCAAGGCCGAGUCGGAGCAGCUGGCCCGGGCGCUGCAGGAAGAGCAGUACUUUGAGCUCAGCCAGGAGAACAAGAAGGCCCAAGCCCGCCACAAGCAGGAGGGCUCUGAGAAGGACGCCACCAUCGCACGGCUCGAGGAGUCCAACAGAACCCUGACCAAAGACGUGGAGCACCUCAGCAAGGAGAAGACGGAGCUCACUGAGAAGCUGCACUCUCAGGAGGAAGAGUACGAAGCCCAGAAGGAGGAGAUCGCCGCCACCACCAAGGCCAACUACGAGAAGUCCCUAAACUCAGAGCGCACGCUCAAGAUCCAGGCGGUGAACAAGCUGGCGGAGAUCAUGAACCGCAAGGACAUGAAGCUGGACCAGAAGAAGAAGGGCAGCACGGCCGACCUGCGCAAGAAGGAGAAGGAGAACCGCAAGCUGCAGCUCGACCUCAACCAGGAGAAGGACAAGUUCAACCACAUGGCCAUCAAGUACCAGAAGGAGCUGAGCGAGAUGCAGGCGCAACUGUCCGAGGAGUGCACCUACCGCAACGAGCUGCAGAUGCAGCUGGACAGCAAGGAGAGCGACAUCGAGCAGCUCCGCGAGAAGCUCAAAGACCUGCACCUGCGCAUGGAGAACUCCAGCGUCACCAGCCUGCAGACGGACGAAACGGACAGCAACCUGGCCGAAUCCAGACUGGAGGGGUGGCUGUCCAUACCUAACCGUGCUAAUAUCAAGCGCUACGGCUGGAGGAAGCAGUAUGUGGUGGUGAGCAGCAAGAAGAUCCUGUUCUACAACGACGAGCUGGACAAAGAGCAGUCCAACCCUUCCAUGGUCCUAGACAUCGACAAACUGUUCCAUGUGAGGCCGGUCACCCAGGGAGACGUGUACCGGGCAGAAACUGAGGAGAUCCCCAGGAUAUUCCAGAUCCUCUAUGCCAACGAGGGCGAGUGCAGGAAGGAGGCCGACGUUGAGACGGUCCCCCAGGGCGACAAGACCAACUGCCUGCCUCACAAGGGCCACGAGUUCAUCCCCACCCUGUACCACUUCCCCUCCAACUGCGAGGCGUGCUCUAAGCCCCUGUGGCACGUCUUCAAGCCCCCGGCCGCGCUCGAGUGCCGCCGCUGCCACGUCAAGUGCCACAAGGACCACCUGGACAAGAAGGAGGACGUCAUCGCCCCCUGCAAAGUCAACUACGACGUGACGUCUGCCCGCAACAUGCUCCUGCUGGCCCUCACCCAGGACGAGCAGAAGAAGUGGAUCGGCCACCUGGGCAAGAAGAUCCCCAAAACUCCUCCCUCGUCCUUCAUGAGGGCCUCGCCCCGCACCAUCUCCACGCGCUCCGCGGCCAAUCAGUCCUUCCGCAAGAAUCCCAAAAGCAUCACGGGCAAGCCAAGCAGGGCCCAGUCCAGCGUCCAGGCCGCAGACCCAACCUCCAGCACUUGUUGACAGACGCUUCUGCAGACCCCACAUUUUCGGGAGAGAGUCUCGCGUCAUUAGACUAAAUCCUGCCGUUUUGAUCGGCGCGGUUUAUUUAUUAUUAACUGUGUUAAUGGUCUAAUCGUGUCCUGGGUUGGUUGGCUCCUUGGUGGUUGUUUUCCAUUCGGCUCUAUGUCUCUAAUUCACGCUCAAGUCUCGUUGGUUUUGUCGACUAACCCUUGGCUUCUUUGCAACCCUGCUUGAGCAGGUGGUCCGUGUGAGAGAUGGGGUGCAGACGAGCGACGACUAUUAGAAUGCUGUGUCUACAUCUGUUUAGGUUUUCCCCCUGAGUAAUGUAUUCACUUCUGGGAACUAACCAGUUGAUAAAUGACUUGCCUUCUUUUACUGGACACCUGUUUCUCUCUUUCUUCCAGCUAACCAUCUGAACCACUGGAUUCUGUUGGGGACUGUGUUUUGAUUUUUUUGUUUUUCUUAUCCUCCUAUCCCCUUGAAAAAGUGGAUGCCCCCUGUUUUAUUCAAAAGUCAAUUGAAACAAUCUGAUCAGCGCUGGAGAAUUGGAACACUUAGCUGACACAAAGCAUCAGGGACAUUGAGGCCUGCUCUUCCCCCCCUCCUCUUCCUGCUCCUGCAGCCCCGAGGUCCCCCCUCAACCAGGAAAACGCUUACCUGCAGUUUUCCAUUUCUUCCAGAGGAUGGCGCUGUCAUCUUAACCAAACUAUGGACCUGAUUGGGGGCGAGGGGGGACUUUUGGCAUGGGUACAUUCUCCAUAUCAUCAGUUGUGGGAAACGAAUGGUGGAAUGGGGGGGGUUUCGCUGGGACUCUUGCAUGAACAUGGAGGUACUGUAGUACAGGGAUUGGCUUUACUCUGCGGUGAAUGGGUACAACUCGCAAGAACUCCAAUGUUUUCCUUACCUGUCUGCGAACACUCUGGCUUGCACGGACAGCUGUUUCCGUCUGAACUGACUGCUGCCUUCACCUGAUGGACUCCUGGGGGCCUUCAUGCCUCUGUUUCUAUUACUCUGCAAGUCCGUUAUAAGGGUCGGGGCGGAGCGUUUGGCAAAAUGAGUAUUAGAUGAAUAUCGAGUGAGGAGCAUGCAAGAUCAUCAUUUAAAUCUAUGCAUUAUUAUUUUUAUUAUAAUUACUGUUAUUGCUCCAAGCCAUAAGGAAAUUCCAUUGUAAUGGCGUAUAGGAGACCUAAAACUUCAUUGAAUUGUAUGUGUUCAUUGGGUACAUCGUUUUUUGUUUUUUUUGUGUAAUGUUUAUUUUUUGUAAUGUAUUGCCUUACAUGAUUCAUAGAUAAAUGGUUCAAAAGGAAAACAUUAAGUUAACAAAUGUACAACUGCACUGUUUGAAUUGUAAAUUAUUUGUAGAAGACUCAACAGGUGUAGCAUUUGGCCCACCUAGUGCCUUAACUUUUGGAUAACGAUUUUACUGCCAUAUCUGUUUGUGUUUAUCUCCAAAACAAGACAAAUCUUAACUCUUCCAUUUUUUUGUUUUAAAUCUGCCACUUUGUGGUUUUAUCAGUAAAGUUCUGUCAUUUGACUACAUCAAUAGCCUCUUAAUGGACACAUAUCAAUAGGGUGUCAACACACAGUUCCCAGAGUCCAUUGCCCCAUAUUUGAAUGGUGUAUUUGGACAAAGGCAAAUAUGCGUAUCACAAACUCCUCUUAGUAUAGAUAUAGUUCUACAUGGACAUGUCCCAUUCAUGCAACCCCCCCCUGGUGUAAAUAAUUAGAGACAAGGAUCAUGAAUACCUCCUCAAUAUUCAAAAUUGUUUUUACAUUUUUGUUCAGCAUAAAAAGCACUGGAACUAUGAUCUACUCUAUUUUGUCUUGGAUGAACUGCAUGUUUAACUGCAUUGGAGGCCGCACUGAUGGAUAUGUGUCAAUAAACAUAUCUUUAUCUA